AAAACCACGCGCUCACCCUCCCCCGCGCGCCCACCGGACGACCCGACCGUCCCGCUCGCCUCCCGACCCCGCGCUCGGCUUUAUCACCAAAGCUCCCAGCGCCCCCGCCCCGCAGCACAAGCGGCCUUGCCUCGGUGAUCAUCACGAGGAAGAAAUCCAACCCGAGAGAGCAGCAGAGACCGCAAGCAGCACACGCCGACGAUCACCGACCGGUUUGGUUCAGCGAUGUGCCGCGCCACGAUGAUGCAGUUCCCGCCCCCGCCCCCGCGCCUCGACAUCCGCGCCUUCUACCUCCGCCUCGCUUCCUGCUCCACGGCGCCCGCGGAGCUCACGCUCGCCUACCACCCGGCAAUCGGCGGUGCGGCGCUGGGGCUCAACGGCCGCGCGCUCCCGCCAGCCGCGCCCGCGGAGGUCACGCUACGCCGGGUCGCCAGCGGGGACGCGUACGCGUACUCGAGCGCUGACCGCGUCGCCGCCGCCGAGGGCGCGCGCUUCGAGGUGCUCGCCGGGGACGAAGUCGCGGCGGAGGGCGUCUUCUCCACGCGGCGCCGCGGCGGCGGCGGCGGCGAAGGGUGGCGCGUGGAGUGCCGCCGGGGUCCGGGCUCGGUGUCCGUGUCCGUGUGCGUGGCGGAGGUGGUGGUGCUCGCGGAGGGCGGCGUGCUGAUGCGGGACAAGGCCCGGGCGGCCGGCCGCGGCAGGAUGCGGUGCGGAGCCACGAGGCUGGAGGGGAUACCGGAGGAAGCCACAGACCUCGGCGGCUGGGGCCGCUGCGAGUGUGGCGCCUGUGGCGACGACGACGACGACGGGUGGGAGGUGAUCGGGGACGCGUCGGACGACAGCGAGCUGUGGAAACACGAAGAGGAAGAGGAGGGGGAGGUUGAGAUGGAGACGGUGAGGUGGGCGAUGGAGAUGGGCGUCUGGGCCGUGUGCCUCGGCGUCGGCAUCCUCGCCACGGCCAGGCGCUUCCGGCGGAAGCGCGCCUUCUGGUGAACGCCAUCGGCAAGGCCAGACCAAAUUUUGCCUGUAGCUUCAGGUGUAGCUUCGGAAUUUCUGUACAGGUUUCGCGGAGAUUUGAGAUUUCACUCUGCUUCACGAGUGUAUCCCUCCCAAGCGUCAUUUUUAACUUUUGCACUUCUUGGUGACCGUUUAUUUUAUUCAAUUUUUUAUUUUGUUAUAACUUACUUUAUUAUUAGAAAUAAUAAAUUAUUUAUUUUAUUA